AAAAAUUAUUAAAAUAAGAAAGGGCGUCCGGCCUUCGUCCGCCCUCCUUCCUCCAAAUUGAGGAUUUAGGAAAAGGAUUUGGGACAUAUUCAAUCUUUUACAGAAAAAUCGAAUUUCAGAGUCAAUCGUUAGGUAAAUUGAUUGCCUAUUGUAUUUUGUUCAACUCUUUCGAUUUCAAUUUCAGAUUGGUUGUUUGGUUUUGAUUUGGGGAUACCGCACUGGUUGAAAAUAUGCAGAGCCAACUUGUGUGCAAUGGUUGUAGAACUGUUCUUCUAUAUCCGAGAGGAGCUCCUAAUGUCCGUUGUGCCGUCUGUAAUACAGUUACUCCUGUCCAACCUGCAGGAUUGGAAAUGGACCAGAUCAUAUGUGGGUGUUGUCAUACCUUACUCAUGUACACUCGAGGGGCGACCAGUGUGAGGUGUUUGUGCUGUCACACUGUGAAUCUGACGACUCCAGCAAACCAGGUUGCCACAGUGCGGUGUGGAAGCUGCCAGAUGACACUUAUGUAUCCUUAUGGAGCUCCGUCAGUUAAAUGUGCUGUUUGUCAAUAUAUCACAAAUGUCGGAACCGCAAAUGGAAGUUUACCAAGUUCCAUUCAUAGACAAAAUGGUGUAGCUACCUCAUCAUCACCUUCCCCAUCUAUCCCGCAGUCCCCAACUCAAACUGUGGUCGUAGAGAACCCUAUGUCGUUUGACGGAAGUGGUAAAUUGGUUAGUAAUGUUGUUGUCGGGGUAACUACAGAAAAGAAAUAAUUCAGUCUCUCUACAGAACUGAUUUUGUUUAUUUACAUUAAUGAUUUGCAUUCUUCUCUGAGCCCCUUGUUUGUCCAUGUAUUUGAUAUGUUUUAAGCAAUUAAGUGCUUAUUGUGAAUGUUGUAAUUAUUAUUAAUCUCGUUGGAGGGGUUGUUUAAUUUUACUGAUCUCGGUUAUUUUGUGGAUUCCAUUUGAAUAUAUGUACAGUAAAAUCUUAAACCGAAUUUGUAUCGUAUGACAUCUGAUUAUGGAGAUGGUCGUUUGAAACUUUGAAUGAAAUAGAGAUUUCAUAUUCUCUUCCA